AUGGGUCACGAGAGGGCUCAGGGUUAUCUACAAUACGACCAGAACGGCAACUGCCAUCCUUGGCGUUACGGCACUCCACCCCAGCCGCUUGCUGACCCAAGAAUCCAAGAACCAACGAUCAAGUACGCUCCCCGCUACUUCGACUCAAGACAUCUAGAUGAGGCACAAGCAAAGUACGGGGGCCAAAGGAACCCCAAGGGCUACAACAUCCGUCUGAAGAGUAUCUUGGGAGCAGGGGGCUACGGGAUAGCAGCUCACAUCUCACACAAGAGCCCCGCCAACGGAUUCAACACUGACUGCGUGAUUAAGGUUGAAAAGUCUCGUCACCAUGCCAAUUCGGCGCUGGCACGGGAGGAGAGGGCUCUCUGGAAAUUCGUAGGAGCAAAACAUAUCCUGCAGAUAUCGGAUAUCACUGAAGAAAUCAAAGCACAAAGGGCUGCUGACCUGACUGAAUUCCAGAAUAGCCAUCCAGCCGGGGCCAGACUUCCCCACCCAGAGGUCCAAGACAAGAAUUGGACCCUCAAGAACUUCCAAACCCAACCCAUUCGCAACUUUGUCAUUCUCGAGAAUGCCAAUCUUGGUGACCUAGGCUUGUGGCUCAGCAAGUCUAGCCGUCUUGGGCGGCUCAUCCUUGGUCUAGUUGGUAUGGGUUAUCCUCUGAGGGAACAUUACGAACCUUCGCAUCCAGAUUGGAAGUACCAGAGUCCCAUUGACGAGGUGUUCCCCGAUGAUCCGAAUUUCAAACUCCAAGAAACAGUGCACUUCGAUCUUGACCCCAGAAACGUUCUUUUGGCGAACAGAAGCAUGCUUUUUGGCAAUCUGCCUACCUUCAAGAUUGCCGACUUCGGACUAACCGAGUUCUUCAGCGAGCAAGAGGGUAACCCCGCAUACUUCAACAAAGAGUACUUCUGGCAUUGUCGUCUCAGAGGAAAGCCCGUUUACUACACGCCCGAACAAUUUGCUGGCGAUUGGGAGUUCAUGGAUAAUGACCUCAUCAACGACGACGGUGUCAACCACUUCGUGGCCACAGAUGGAACGAAGCCGCCAGUUGCUGGCAACUACGGAAUGCAUACGAACAUCUACCAGGUGGGCGCCAUUAUUUGGUGCGCCAUCACUCUCUCCUCAUUCUCAGACCGUGCUUUUGGUUUACCCUACAGGGACGCUUGGGGACGAAAGAUCGUCACCUAUGGAGGCGCCCUGCAGAAUACGCGAUUCCGCGACGUUGAUCCCGAGCUCACAGGUUUGGUACAGAGAUGCCUGGCCCAUUGCCCCUCUGAUCGCCCAACUCUGCAAGAGCUGGUUGCCGUGAUCAACCAUCGUCUCGCCAGGAACGACUUGGAAUCGGACGAGGUUCUGAGUGCGUGGUCCCGGGAUUUCUUCACAACCCCUCGCGUCCCCGGUGAUGAACCCCCUCCAGUCAAGCGCGAACGCGAGGACGACGGAGACGACCAGGAAGGCGAUGCCGCAAGGGGCGCAGCCCGGCGUAGGAGGGUGCAAGCCGAACCGUUGCUCUUCAACGCGUUCCAGCCCCCGGUCCAGCCUCAGUUGAUGCAGGGAAACAACCAGCCCAGGCCAGCAGUCAGGAUCGGCCCCGUCGCC